UGGGAAAUAUUUCUCAGUAGUACAGCUGUGUGCUCGGCAGGAAAACGUGUGAAGGUGCUGAAACUGUAACGAUCAUGUUAUUGUAGUUUAAAGUGGAGAAAUGUGUAUUAAUGCUGCAUUUUAACCCCUGAAGUUAAUUUUCCUGAUAUUCUACCGGAAGUUCGAGUGACGCAGAAAGAAACCAUGAAGAAGAAACUUCCCCAGAGCGGUGAGGCGUCGCCGGGGCAACAGUCAGCUGACUAUGUGGUGGGUCAGGUAUCCGGGAGUUUGUUCCAGAAGAAGUCUGCAGCUCCUGGAUCGUUGUCGGCUUUAUUCAGCGCCGCAGCACCGACAGCGUCCGUCCUGUUUCAGCCGGCACCCGAGCCUGUUCAGAAGAGCACAGAGGAGAAGGAGCAGCAGAAUGAAACUCCAGAGGUCAAAGGUCAAACCAGCCAGAAGCAGAAGAAGCCGUCAAAGGAGAAAUCAGCAGCCGACCAGAAGCUGGAGAACAGGGAGAGCAGUUUGCAGAACGCAGACGAAGACGAGCAGGGACAGAAGACGUCGAUGAAGAAGAAGAAGAGGAAGGCUCCGGAGCCGGACGGAGAGAACGAGGUGGAGCGAUGGGUGAUGAAGAGGCAGAGGCUGAAGGCCAUUAAAGAGGAGGAGGCGGUGAAGAAGAAGAGGACGGUGUUCGUAGGAAACCUGCCGGUCAGCUGCACCAAGAAGACCCUGCGGAGUCUCUUCAGGGAUAAAGGAUCCAUCGAGUCCAUCCGGUUUCGCUCUGUGGUCAGAGAGGAUCCCUCCAUGUCCCGUAGAGUCGCAGCUAUUCAACGCAAAGUUCAUCCCAAGAAGCAAAGCAUAAACGCCUACGUGGUGUUUAAAGACGAGGAAGGAGUCGCCAAGGCGUUGGAGAGGAACGGCAUGGAGAUUGAGAAAGACUUUCACAUCCGAGUGGACAGAGCGACGGAAAGCUCAUCGCACGAUCACAAACGCUCCGUGUUCGUGGGGAAUCUUUCCUUCGAGAUCAACGAGCUGGCGUUUCGGAGGCAUUUUGAAAAGUGCGGCGGCGUGGAGGCGGUGCGACUGGUGCGAGACCAGAACUCCGGACUGGGGAAAGGAUUCGGAUACGUUCUGUUUGAGAGCGCCGACUCGGUCCAGCUGGCGUUAGAACUGGACGGCUCCAAUCUGGAGGGCAGGUCCAUCCGGGUGAAGAGGUCGGUGAAGAAGGAGAAGCAGAAGAAUAAAAAUGACAGCAGAGGAGCUGCAGGCAAGGGCCCCGCAAAGGGCUCCGCAAAGGGCCCCAUGAAGGGCCCCAUGAAGGGUCCCAUGAAGGGUCCUAUGAAGGGUCCUAUGAAGGGUCCUAUGAAGGGUCCUAUGAAGGGUCCAGGCAGGGUGAAAGGAGGCUUCCAGUCUCAGAAGAAAUUCACCAGAAACCAGCCGAGGUCAAACAAAGGCUCGUCCUCCUUCAAAGGAGAGAUGGUGGAUCCGAGCAAAAAGACUAAAAAGAAAGGACUGAAGAAGAAAGUGAAGCCGAACAAGACUGUUCAUAUCUGACGUGAUCUCUCUGAUCUCUCUGAGGAGAUCAAUACUCAUGAGGACUCUUCCUGACUGAACCCACAUUGAUCCAGCUUCAGAUUCAGUUUUGUUUCUAAUGUCAUGUUGUCUCUGGUCUGCUGCACAGGAAGUGAUGUGUUUUAUAAUGUCAGUUUGUACAGAAUAAAGAGAAGAAGAAGAAGACGGA